CUGGACUCGACUUUCAUCUCUCUGCCGCUGCGGUCUGGCUGUCUGAGUUCUGAGUUCUGAGUUCUGAGCUCUGAGCUCUGAGCUGCCCCAACUGCAGAGCAUGAUGUCGAUCACUGAUGUCUCCCAGCAGAGCUAAAGCGAAAGCACUCACUCGUGAGCCCCAGGCCAUCUUUAAGCCCUGUGAAUGCGGGAGCGUUUGUCCUGAUCAGGACGACGAACAGGUCCGGAUUAGGGUGCAGAUGAGAAUCCAACGGAGUCCCUAUCCAUCGCUGCUGCUGCUGCUGCUGCCGAUGAUGAUCGUCAAUUGCAAUGCUCGAAAGAUCACGGACCGCCUCACUGGAUGGAUCUGCCUCCGCUCCCUCCCUCGCUUCGCUCUCGAGCAUGUCACCUACCUGGAACAGUUUUUGUUUUCUAUUGUCCGGCUCUAGUGCAGCUGGAGAGGCCCUCCCACGGAGUCAGGCAGGACUCGGCAGCAGAGAUCGUUUGCACUUUUGCCCCGGACGCUCACAUUGGGCGAGAUUGUGCGAGAUGGUGCGAGAACGCCGUCGGAUCCGAGAGGCGACGGACGGGGGCUGUAGUUCCAUAUCCCCGAAAGCUCCUAGAGGUCAAGCUAGUUCGUCGUUCUCUUGCUUGACACGGACACCCUGGUGCCUCGCUAGCGCAGGGAGGGGGGAGGGGGGAGGGGGGGCUAUAUUCUAGAAUUGAUUUCUGUUUCGCUUCUCUACAGUUCGAGGGCUCCAUAGCCCUUGGACCGGGUACGUCUUUUCCAGUUGGCAGGUUCACCCUCCGUAAUCAUUUGCGCUUUCUUUAUGCGAAACAUAAUAAUGAUCGUGAUGCAGCCGGGUUAUAAUAUUGCGGUGGACCAGCUUUGGCCCGGGCCGCGUUUUGUUUGGUUUCUUAACGUGCUCGCGAGACGAGCUCGAUCCACUUGCACGAGCGUUUCGAUGUCCAUGGCGAGGCGAGCUCUGUUCGCUUUAGACCAAAUCAAAAGGCCUGCUUCAUGCAGAAAGAAACUACAAACGUAGAAUUUCGAGGGCAGCCAGCCGUGUACGUGCAACAAAUGAAAAGCGGCAGCGGCAGCAGGAGGAGGAGGAGGAGGAGGAGAAGAAGAAGGGAGCCGACGAGCCGAGGAGCAAAGAAACAGAGAAAGACAUUCCGGUGGAGAAAAAGGCACAUUUCUCCCCAGCCCUGCAAACAAACAUUCCAGGUCAAAGGAAGGAAAGCAGACCAAAGAAACAGUACUUUCCCCGGGCCCUCGAGUGAAGAAGAAGGGAAGGGAAGGGAAGGCCGCGGCCGCAGCCAUGGAGAUAGAUAUGUAUGGUGGAUUGACAUUGUGGCCACCACUCCAAGCCCCACUUGUGACUUCAGCGCUCCUCUUGCCCUGCUCUUUGUGAUGCGGCCAUGGACCUUUUGGGAUUUUAAUGUGCAGACUCGGAGAGAGGUCAAAACUUCUCCGACGAAUGAUUUGCACUUCAGCUGCACCAGCAUCAGCAGCAGCAGCUGCGGAUUGGAAGCCACUCACGAAGUAAAGCCACGAGUGGGCGAGAGCAGAAGCCAACGGGAGGAACACCUUCCAAAAAGUAGAGUCCUUCCAAAAGGCCUGCAAAAUCAAAUGGGAUCGAAGACGUGCCGGAGGCAAGGGAUUUCUGGAGGCGUAUGGAUUCACAAUGAAGGAGUUGGUUGGAAUUUCUUCCUGGUAAAAUCAAUUUCGCAAAAACAUUUCUUAAAACUUCACAAAGAAGUAUAGUGUGGCG